AUCCUCUUCCCUCACCAACGCCCACCCUCCAGACCCAGAAUUUACCCCUCCAACAGGUGCAUAAUUACCUAAAUUACACCUAUCAAACCCACGCACACACGCCCUCACCUACAUCUGAUACUCAUCUGCGCACACACCAUCAUCCCCGCACUUUUCUACUCCAUCUAACUCAAUUCUUUAGAAUCCAUUCUCGAUAUACGACAACAGUUAAUACUUUAGAAAUAACCAACAAAUCUAAGGCUACUGUGAACAGUUCGAGCAAAGAUCACAAUCACAAGGCUUGGAUCGACGGGAGAGGUUCCAGUCGGGAAAAGUUUGAGACUGUGCCCGGUUUGGAGAGCAAUUGUGGGAACAGUGGCAAAGAGGAGGAACCAGAUAUCACAGCUGGGCAGAAGAUGUUGGCUGCUUGUUCCGGGAGUUUGUUUACAAGUCUCCUAGUAACACCUCUAGAUGUCGUUCGGGUCCGCCUGCAGUCGCAACAACUAUCUCCCCCAAAGAAUGCCGCGGUAAAUUUCUCAUCGGCUUUACCCUUAAGAGCUCAUAAACUUCCUCUCGCACCGUUACAAUUCCAAUCAAUGGCCCACUUAUCCACUCCGGAGUUAGGCGUAACCGCAUGCUGCCGAGAAGUUUUCUGGAUAAACAACACUCCAGAGGCUUCUGCGUGGUUGAAGAGGCAUCCCGUCGUCGUUUUCAUGGAACCUGGGAGGGGUUGGUCAAGAUCGCAAGAUAUGAGGGGGCUUCUUCGCUUUGGAGGGGUUUGA